GCAGCAGCCGCGGUGGCGGCUGCGGCGAGGGCAGCAUCCUCUCGCUCCUCCUCCAGGCAGCAGUGCUGUGGAGACCUAAGAUUCGGCUCGCAGGUGCCGUGCGCGACCUCCUCCUUGGUCCGCCCACCGCCGCUGCAAGUGUUGGCUGCGGGAGGAGAAAGGAACAGUGUGAGGGACCCAGAGCCAGAGCCGGGCCCUGAGAGGUGAGAGAGGGGAGCCCUGCAGUGGGAGACAGGUAAUGAACCAAAAGGAUCAUGUGUGAAGUACAAGGAACGGUUGAGUUUUCGGUAGAGCUGCAUAAAUUUUAUAAUGUGGAUCUCUUUCAGAGAGGGUAUUACCAGAUCCGAGUGACCUUAAAGGUGUCCUCAAGGAUCCCACACAGAUUGAGUGCUUCCAUCGUUGGGCAGACAGAGAGCAGCAGCCUGCAUUCAGCCUGUGUCCAUGAGGGCACUGUGCACAGCCGGGUCUUCCAGAUCUUAUACAGGAAUGAAGAAGUGCCCAUAAAUGAUGCUGUGAUCUUCCGAGCUCAUUUGCUCUUAGAUGGUGAAAGGGUGGAAGAUGCUCUGAGUGAAGUCGAUUUUCAACUCAAGGUGGACCUGCACUUUACAGACAGUGAGCAGCAGCUGAGGGAUGUGGUUGGGGCACCAAUGAUCAGCAGCCGCACACUGGGCCUGCACUUCCACCCCCGGAGGGGUCUACACCACCAGGUCCCUGUCAUGUUCGACUACUUCCACCUGUCAGUGAUAUCGGUGACCAUCCAUGCUGCCUUGGUGGCUCUGCAGCAACCCCUGAUCAGUUUUACUCGCCCAGGAAGAGGAUCUUGGCUUGGUAAAGGAGGCCCAGAUACAGGUCAAGAACAGUCUAUUAUCUCCCUGGAAAACUUGGUCUUUGGAGCUGGAUACUGCAAGCCGACUUCCUCAGAGGGAAGCUUCUACGUCCCCUCGGAGAAUUGCAUGCAACACGCACACAAAUGGCACCGCGACCUGUGUCUCCUGCUCCUCCAGGCCUACCAGGGACUCCGCCUCUACUUCCUGGUCAUCAUGAGGGACAUCCCAGAGCUUCCCCACAUGGACCUGGAGGCUCUUGCUGUUGAAGAAACACUUUCUCAACUGUGCUCAGAGCUGCAGAUGCUGAACAAUCCGGAGAAGAUAGCCGAGCAGAUCAGCAAGGACCUUGCCUGGCUUGCCUCCCAUCUCACAGCUCUCUGGACCCAGUUCCUGGACACGGUGACGCUACACUCCAGAGUGACUACUUAUCUGACCCAGGAACACCACAACUUGAGGGUCCGAAGGUUUUCUGAGGCCUUCUUUUAUAUGGAGCAUCAAAAGCUUGCAGUCUUAACUUUUCAGGAGAAUUUGAUGCAGAGCCACAGCCAGCUAUCACUGGAUGUGCGGAAUUCUGAGUACCUCACCAGCAUGCCCCCGCUGCCUGCAGAGUGCCUGGACAUCGAUGGCGACUGGAACACCCUGCCAGUCAUCUUUGAAGAUAGAUAUGUGGACUGCCCAGUGACAGGGCAUAAUUUAAGUGUUUAUCCUAAUUUUGAUGGUCCAGCAACCAUCCCUACAAUAAUGAACCUAAAAGAGAAGAAAGAGAACCGUACUGUGAAUGGAACAUCAUCUUUGAAAGAAGGCCUUGUUUUGUCUACCAUGAAACCAGCCCAAAUGGACCCUGAUGAAGAAGAAGUGAGUAGGUGUCCAGAGCCAGGUGAGAAUGUGACCACACAAAAUCGGGUGGACAUGUGUUUCGAGUCUGAGGUGUAUCUGACAAUUGGUGAAUUCCAGAAUAAAGCAGGAGUGGCUGAAGAUGAGUGUUGGACUGGUCAGAAGUCUGAUGCUGGAACGUAUCCACUGGCAGAGGUGGACGUGCCCAGGAGUAUGGGCCCAAAUGAUGCUCAUGCUCCAGUGCUGACCUACAUCGAUGUGAAAUCUAGCAAUAAGAAUCCACACAGACCUGAACCUAUAGAGCUCCUCAGUGGUCACCAUGAAACAAGAAGCUCUAGAGACAAGUGUGGUUUUGAAAGACCAAGCAAGAUGGUAGCAGGUGGAACUCACCAGGAUUCCAUCUCUCCAGACAAAUUAGCCCUCACUGAGCUCAGUACUGUAGGAAAAGGAACAGACCAAGAGGGGAAACCAGGGUUGCUGAGCCUGAAGCUCACACAUGCUAAGCCCUGUGACCACCUUAGCUACACUUUGAGAGCGCCCUUGGAUGUCAAGUCUUCCCUGCAGGACUCUCACACAGAAGAGCAGGAGGAGCUGUCAGUACUUUCUGGGGUCAUAAAGAGAUCUUCCUCCAUCAUAUCUGACUCAGGCAUUGAGAGCGAACCAAGCUCGGUAGCCUGGUCAGAAGCUCGAAGCAGGGCCCUGGAAUUGCCCAGUGACCGGGAAGUCUUGUACCAUCUAGCUCAGAGGUACGCUGUACACAGGAACUCCUUAGAGGGGGGCCACACAGAGAGCAACACAAGUCUGCCCAGUGGCAUCCAGGCUUCUCUUACCUCCAUCAGCUCUUUGCCUUUUGAAGAGGAGGAGCGAGAGUUGGCACUCACCAAGCUAACCAAGUCUGUAUCUGCACCUCAGAUCAGCAGCCCCGAGGAGACUGCUGAGAGUGCAGACCUUGUGAAUAAACAGGGAGGCUCUGCUGAAGCUUCAGAUAUGCACAGCAAGAGCAAAGUUUCCCCUGCACACAGCUCUCAACCUUGUGAUGGCUCCAGAACCAAGGAUGAUGGGGAAGACCAUUCCCUGGUAGAAGUAGAUUUAGAUGCAGAGAAACGGCAGGGCCCUGGUUACAUGGACAUCCCCAAGGGGAAAGAGACUUGGUUGGUUGCUCAAGGAAGCUGUCCUCUGGAUGGCAGAACUGAAAGCACUACAGGUGUUGAAACCAAAGGUCUUCACUUAAAAAUACCACGUACCAUAACACUUGAAAAUGCAAAGACCAGGUCUUUCCAUGGAGGACAAAUGGAAACCACAAAGGGCAGACUUAAGGACUUGAAUGUGGGCAGACUCAUUCUGUCCAACAGCAGCAUCUCAGAGGAUGGGGAGAUGUCUCACCAUAAGGUGCCUGAAUUCAGCUGUCCAUCAGCUGCCAAUACCACCCAGCCAAAUUCUGCAGACCAGCAAAGCAGUUCACCUUGCCUCAUUGAAGGUACGAUGUUGAACAGAGGACCUGAUACCUCUCUGGAGGUUGAACAUGAAGCUGGCACUGUGUGCCCCACUGUGACUCAUUCCAUUUCCUCCCAUGUUUUGAGGAACCAGGAGCCGAAGGCAGGCACUUCCAUCAUGGGGUCCCACCUGAACCCCACAGAGACCUUUACUCUGGACAGCCUGAAGGCUGUGGAGGUCGUCAACUUAUCCCUGUCUUGCACUGCCACAUGUCUCCCUUUCUCCUCUGUACCCAAGGAAACCCCAGCCAGGGCUGGAUUCUCUUCCAAACAGACACCUGUUCCUAUCACCCACCAACCCUUGGGUUCCUUUGGAGUUGUUUCUACCCAUUCUAGCAAGUUGGAGGAAGAAGUCAGUGAAAGGAUGUUCAGUUUCUAUCAGGCCAAAGAAAAAUUUAAAAAAGAAUUGAAGAUUGAAGGAUUUCUGUACAGUGACUUGUCUGUACUGGCUUCUGAUACACCGUAUUUCCCACCAGAGGAGAACGAAGAGAACUUGGAAGAUGGGAUUCACCUGGUGGUUUGUGUCCAUGGCCUUGACGGAAAUAGUGCGGACCUUCGGCUGGUAAAGACUUUCAUAGAACUGGGGCUUCCUGGAGGGAAACUGGACUUCCUAAUGUCUGAAAAGAAUCAGAUGGACACAUUUGCUGAUUUUGAUACCAUGACGGAUCGGUUAUUAGAUGAAAUCAUUCAACACAUUCAGUUGUACAACCUCUCCAUAUCGCGAAUUAGCUUCAUCGGCCACUCUCUGGGCAACAUUAUCAUCCGGUCAGUCCUCACAAGGCCCCGGUUCCGGUAUUACCUCAACAAGCUCCACACGUUCCUAUCACUGUCCGGGCCUCACUUGGGCACACUGUACAGCAACAGCACCCUCGUUAGUACAGGCCUGUGGCUCAUGCAGAAAUUAAAGAAAUCUGGGUCCCUUUUGCAGCUGACCUUCAGGGAUAAUGCUGAUUUGCGCAAGUGUUUCCUCUACCAACUAAGCCAAAAAACAGGGCUGCAGUAUUUUAAGAAUGUCGUGCUGGUUGCUUCUCCGCAAGACCGCUAUGUCCCAUUCCACUCAGCCAGGAUUGAAAUGUGCAAAACUGCCCUCAAAGACAGGCACACAGGACCGGUUUAUGCAGAAAUGAUCAACAACCUUCUGGGUCCCCUGGUGGCUGCCAAGGACUGCACUUUAAUCCGACACAAUGUGUUUCACGCCUUGCCUAAUACUGCCAACACCCUGAUUGGCCGUGCCGCGCACAUCGCUGUACUGGACUCAGAACUGUUUCUAGAGAAGUUUUUCUUAGUGGCUGGACUCAACUACUUCAAGUAGUGGCUUCGAGGAGGCAGGCAGAGGGUAACUUGCCAGAAAGGUUUAAGGUUAACUGAAUUCUCUACUGGAGACGGGUUUUUAUACACCUCUGCUGUUCGGGGAGGAACUGACUGAGAAUGUCAGGGAGGGAUAGAGCUGAGGUGGAACUAGAUCACAGCCCUUUUCUUUUAGGAUUUAAAACAGCUGAACAUAUAGUGUAAAAGACAAAAAACUUGGCUUUAAUUUGUCUGGCUGCCUGGGCUCUCAUUCAGGAUAUUUUCUAGGAAAAAAAAUUGGGGAAAAUAAAGAAACAGAAUACUUGGAAUUAGUGAGCCCACCUUUUUAAUCACUACAGCUCACAGAGAUCACAUCAACUUAGCUAGAUUUGUCCUGUAUCUUACUAGGUCAUAGCUUUAUCAUUUUUUAUUAAAUUAAGUGCACACAAGCA